AGAUCCCAUGCUUAUAGGAGCUAUUGAUCUUAUAGCUCCUAUAAAACUUAUAAGAGUGAUAGAAGUUAUAAGUUUUAAAAGUCCUAUAAGACUUAUAGGAGCGAUCAGAGUUAUAAGUCUUAAAAGUAUUAUAAGACUUAUAGGAGUAAUAGAAGUUAUAAGUCUUAAAGGA